AUUAUUUCAACUGCAUCCCGGUUUCACAAUGGCAGCCGAGCCAUUUAGCUUCCCAAAGGUCGUCGACAUGUUCGAGCGCGUCGACACGCACGCAGGCAAAGCAGCGAACGAGAUUGAGACAAUCCCGUUCCUCGACGCCUACUUUGAGCUGUCCAAGGUGUUUGACCAUCUCGGAAGGGCGUUCAAGUUCGUCACGGCAGACGUGGUCGAGAAGAUUGACAUUCUGCGCAAGCACCACGAACUGCGCGAGAACGCGCACUCUACGUUGGACGGGAUGCUUCGUCACGAGCUCGAGAACAAUCUGACCGACACAACCAGCAGCGGCGGUCUCAGGUCUGGCAGCCGCACGCUGCUCCGACUCAAUCGAGCACUCGAGUUUAUUCUGGCCUUUUUCGACCGCAUGAUUGAGGCCAAGGAGGACGCAGCGUGCUCAACCCUGGCAGGCGAGGCAUACGCAAACACCUUGUCGAAGCACCACGGCUGGGCAGUGCGAUCGGCAGUCAACCUCGCUCUGUACACGCUGCCGUCCUUGUCCGAGCUCAUUCGGAGGUUGGACGUUUCUCGCGACGACGGCAUUGCCUAUCUGAAGCGCAUCGUUGCCAGCGUUCGGCCCAUGUACGACCACAUCAACGGGCUGUACACAACGCACGAUCUUCAUUCCUUGCCAUAAAAAUUGGCCAAGCGAGUCGUCGGGUUUGCUCACAAAGAAAGCGAUGUAUGAUACAAAGUGCACAAAACGGACUAGUCCCACUCUUCAUCCACGUCGUCGUCGCCAAUCAUAAAUUCAUUCAUUUGGUCGUUGUCGGCCAUGAAUCUACAAGCAAAACCAUCUCACAGGUGAGCACAAGGUGCCUUUAAAA